AUGGUCAAUGUUAAUGAGAAAAACAUUUCAGAAAAGAAGAAACCAAUAAUAAAAAAAAUAGAAAAUGAAGAAUAUAUUACAACAUCAUUAGUAGAAGAUACAACAAAUAGCAAAGAAGACAUCAAUAAUGAUAAGAAUGAAAAUGAAAAAAGUGAACAAAUUAAAAAAAAUUAUGAGAAUAAUCCAAGUUUAGAAUCAAGUUUGGGAUCGGAUACAGACAAAAGUUCAAAAUCCUUUUCUACUAGUGGAAAACAUUUGCCUAUGGCUUUAUCUUUCAUAUACAAUUUUAUGGUUGAACAUGAAUUUAUUGAAACUCUUGAAGUAUUCGAGAAGGAAUAUGUAAAGAAAUUUCAAGACGAUAUUAAUAAUCUAAGAAAAAUAGAAUAUGAAAAUUUAUUUACACAAAAUGAGCUAUUAAGAAAUGAUUUCUUAAAUCACGAAAAACUUACAAAAGAAGUUCAAAGUUCUUUAGAAGAUGCAAAUAAAAAAAUUCAGAAAAUUAUAAAAGAAAGAGAUUAUUAUAUUAUGCAUCAUAAACGGGUUCUCCAAGAGAAGGAAACUUUAAAUAAAGAAAUACAUAAACAGAAAAAUGAAAUUGAAAAAAUUCAAAAUUCUGUUGAUGAAAUAAAAAUGAAAUAUGAAUCUGCUAUUAAAGAAAAAAUGUUGGUUCUCCUGGAAAAAGAAAAAAAGGAUGCUAAAAUAGAAGGAUUAAAUAAGUAUAUAGAGAGAUUGAAAGAUAUCUUAGGAAGUAGUAAAUUAGAUGAUUCAACACUUGAUAUUUCUUCAAUAAAAGCAAAGGAAAGUGAAGCAUCGCAUAAUAUUUUAAAAAAUGAUAAAAAUAAUUUAGGAAAAGAUAAUAUAAAAAGAGAAGAUACACCUUGGCCUAACAAUGAAAAUGCCGAUUGUGCAUUUAUUGAAGAAAAUAAUGAGAGAGAUAAUAUUUUUAAUUUAUCUAUUACAUCCUUAAAUAUUGAAAAAUCUUUUAAUGCUCAUAAUAAUGCUGUAUUAGGUCUUGCAUACAAUGAUGAAGUUCAUUUAUUAGCAACCGGAGGAGAUGAUGGUUUGUGGAAAACAUGGAGUAGCAUGAAUUAUGAAUUAGUAAUGGCUUCUCAGGGACAUAAAAAAUGGAUUGGAGAUAUAUGUUUUAAUAACAAGGGGAAUAUUUUAUGUACAUGUAGUGGAGAUUCUAAAAUAAAAAUGUGGGAUUUAGUAAAAGAAAAAUGUGUUCAUACUUUUAAAAAUUCAACAGGGCCUAUAUGGAGCUUAUCGUUUCAUCAUCAAGGUGAUUUUUUUGCUUCUGCUUCAAUGGAUCAAACAAUAAGAAUAUUCGAUAUAAAUAGUUUAAGACAAAGACAAAUUUUAAGAGGUCACGUUGAUAGUGUUAAUUCUGUAAAUUUUCAUCCAUAUUUUAGAACACUUGUUAGUGCAUCUGUGGAUAAAACUAUAUCAAUCUGGGAUAUGAGAAGUGGAUUAUGUGAAAAUACUUUUUAUGGGCAUCAUUUCCCAUGUAACUAUUCUAAUUUCAACAAAGACGCAAAUUGGAUAAUUUCUUGUGAUUCUGGUGGUGUUGUUAAAAUAUGGGACAUACGAACAAAUAAAUGUUUUAUUAAUAUAGAUGCAGGACCAGCAUGUGCAAAUAAAUGUCCCAUGGAUAAAAAUAAUAAAUAUUUAUUUAUAGCUUCAGAAGAUCAUACAAUUAAAAUAUUUAAUGUUGUGGAGAAAAAGUUUAUUAGAGUAUUAAAUCAUGAAUUCCCAAUAAAAAAUGUUAUACUUGCAAAUAAUAAAAUAAUUUGUUCAUUAUCCAGUGGAAAUAUAUGUAUUUGGGAGGAAAAAACAAACUAA